AAGCUGCAGACGCUGCUCCCUGCUCCAGCCACCGGUAGGGAGUGAGCUGGGAGAAUGGGGCAGGUGGCUUGGAAGGGGUUGUUCCUCUCACUUUUUGAUUAUAAAACUGAGAAAUACGUCAUUGCAAAGAACAAGAAGGUGGGGAUUCUCUACCGAGUGGUGCAGCUCUCCAUCCUGGCUUACCUGGUGGGGUGGGUGUUUGUUGUCAAGAAAGGCUAUCAGGACACGGACACGUCCCUCCAGAGCUCUGUCAUCACCAAGCUGAAGGGGGUGGCCUUCACCAACACCUCGGAGCUGGGGGAGAGGCUGUGGGAUGUUGCAGACUACGUUAUCCCUCCACAGGGUGAAAACGUCUUCUUUGUCAUGACGAAUCUGAUUGUGACCCCAAACCAGAGGCAAGCCACAUGUCCUGAGAGUGCCAGCAUUCCUGAUGCCCUGUGUUACAAGGAUGGGGACUGCCCGGCAGGGCAAGCAGUGGUGGCUGGCAACGGAGUUAAGACUGGCCGUUGUUUGAAAGAAAGGGACAGCAUCAGAGGGACUUGCGAGAUAUUGGCCUGGUGCCCAGUGGAGAAAAGAUCCAAGCCCAAGAAACCACUUCUUGCCAGUGCAGAAAACUUCACUGUUUACAUCAAGAACUCGAUCCGGUUCCCCAAGUUUAAGUUCUCCAAGAUGAAUGUGCUGGCAACCGACAACGAGUCCUACCUGAAAAGCUGCCGCUACAGCUCGGAUCAUCCCUACUGCCCCAUCUUCCUCCUGGGGAACAUCGUCAGAUGGGCCGGGAGUGACUUCCAUGAAAUGGCUUUGGAGGGUGGUGUGAUAGGAAUUCAGAUUGAAUGGAACUGUGAUCUUGAUAAAGCCCCUUCUGAAUGUAAUCCUCACUAUUCUUUUAGCCGGCUGGAUAACAAGUUUGCAGAAAAGUCCAUCUCUUCUGGGUACAACUUCAGGUUUGCCAAAUAUUACCGGGAUGCUGAAGGGGUUGACUACCGGACACUCUUUAAAGCAUACGGAAUCCGUUUUGAUGUGAUGGUGAAUGGCAAGGCAGGGAAAUUUAACAUCAUUCCCACCGUUAUCAAUAUCGGUUCAGGGCUUGCUCUCAUGGGGGCGGGAGCUUUCUUUUGUGACCUGGUGCUGCUGUAUCUGAUUAAAAAGAGUAACUUUUAUCGAGGCAAAAAGUACGAGGAAGUAAAGUCCAGUUCCAGGAAAUCAUUAUCUAGCCCUACUCUGAAUGGGAAUCAGAGCCCUGACCAACUCGGUGGGCUCUAGGCACAGUGAUGGGGCCGUCAACUGGAAUCACGUUCCAGGAAAACCACACAGGUGUGAGAUGACACUGGGACUGGGAAGUGGAGAUACCCAGAUGAGAUCUACCAUCUGUUAUUGGGAUUCCCAGAGGAAAAAAAAAUCCUUUAAAGAACACCUUUCUUUCCCUGAGAUGUUCUCUGGUAUCCUGAGCUUGCAACACCUGUGUCAUCACCAUGGAUUUAUAAGACUAUUUUAUAAGAGGAAAAAGAAGGCACCAAGUGAAUGUUUUUAUAUUUAUUGAUAGAUAUAUCUGUACCUACGUUAACAGCCAGCAUUAUCCUGUGGCUGUGCUUUGCUUUUAAGUGCAAAAGAGCGGUGAUGUGAAACACCAGUGACAUUUUGAGGAGGGUUGAGGCCAAGAAUCAACCCGUCUCCUGCUCCACUGGCUUGUGGCCACAGCUUCCAACUCCUCCCACUUUUGUUAUUUGCAAGAUUAGAUAUAAAGCAGCAGGACUGCUCUUGUCAGGAAGUGCAAGGAAAUGCAACGUUUCAGCGACUCUCAGAGCCCAGAAGAAAGUGGUUUAGUAUCCUACGCCACCCACGCCGAGUGGGCCUGUUUUGGAGCAAGGUGCAAGUGCUUUCCCUGCUGUGUGUGUUGUAACCGUUAGGGCUGGAAGCAGAGCUCCUCCAGGAAAAGCCUUUACAACAGCUGCCGCAAGGUGCUCUGCUCCUCUCCCCUAGGAACGUCAGGAGCCUGAGCCUGCCCCAGCUCUGAGCGGGGAAUCGAUUUCAGCCACGGCUGGGUCCCAGCUACCUCAUCUGCUACCCAGAUUCUCCAUUUGUAGUUAACCCGAUAACCAAGCGGUAUUUCAGAGCACAGAGAAGGUAACACGUGCAGAGGGGCAUUUUGAAGCAGGACAGGGACAGGUGUUUUUGUGGCUGGUGGCAAGGGUUUUAGCAUACUGAAAAACAACAUGGUGCUGGGAAUACGUGCAUGGAGAUGGUUCUAGGUUCUUCCUUCUUUGCUUAGCUCCUGGUUUCAUUUGCUAGUGAUUAUGCUUUCUGCAUCACUUACUAACUGCUCGUGGCGGAGAGAGAUCUGGACGGGGCACUUCGUGCUUCUGCCCUUUUUUGUAGUACUCUGAAAGUACUGGUAGUACUGUGGGGACUGGAAAGGGGAGCUGUCAGGUAAAACAGACUUUGCCACGUUCUUCCAAAUACACCAACAGGAAGAAAAAAUGGAAGACAGAUGUCCACUAUUUCAACGCUUUGGUAUCUUUCAAGAAUCACUGGUGGUUUGUUGUUUCUCAAGAUAAAACUAAGUAACGGCAGCCCAUUUUGUGACUUUAUGCUCAAGUGGGGCUGCAACAACUCUAAGAUGAAAAUUAAUAAUAAUGGCACUGCUUUCUUCUAAAGUUGGCGUUUGUUUGAGCUAGCAGGAUCUGACUCACCAGCUCCUGAGGACGGCAGGUGAAUGUUUCUGUCCCUGACGUAUUAGUCCUUUCACUUCAAGCCUCUGCACCAUGGCUUGGCACAAACGGGUCAGUGUUCUGUAAAUGCCACCGGUCACCACUGACCAGUUGUGAUGGUUUCCAUCCACUCUUUGACUAUCAAGAUUUAAAGGACUCCUGUUGCAGCACCCUUAUGUGUUGUCAGGACAGGUGUAGAGAGGAUGGCAUUGCAGAAGGCUGCUGUGAUCUGUUACACAGAGGGAAACAGCAAGCCCCACCUACCUCUGCUUUAACUUCAGAAGUGAUUACUCUGAGACUCAGUUUGACUCUAAAUGAGAACUCAGCAGCGGCAAGGUCUGAGUUCAGUCAGUGGUAGCAAACCCCACCCGGUCUCGUUCACUCCCUCUGCUCCUGCUCAGCUGCAAGUAAAUAUUAACUAGUCUAACAUGUAGCUAAAAAUGGAGUUAAACACUGGAGAUGAAGUCAUUUAGGAUGAGCUAUGUACCUCUGAUGCUAUAGUUACAGCCAAAAUCUCUCUAGGCAAACGUGAGUCAGCCUGUGCACAACGGACAGGCCGCCCUAGGCAGCCUUUUGAAACUGCCACACCAGUGAAACAGCUCAGACUUCUGGCUGUCAGGCCUUCAUUCUGUUUAAAUACUUUCUAGAUGGCGAAACACAUGGUGAAGGCCAAGGCAUCACUGAGACCAACUAGCUCAUCCUAACUGUAAAGCUGUGUUCUACUGAAACCAGUGCUUCAACUUGACAAAACAGACCAAAGCUAUUUCCUGAAUUUAAGUCCUCAGGGGCUUUAGCACCCCAAAAUUCACGAUACUGUUUUUCCCUUCUUUAUACUGUUCAUUUGCACAUUGCACAACACUUGUGAUUAAUAAAACAACCAGACUUCUCCUUA